AUGACUUUCAAAGGUUUGGAUGGAGGAUAUUCUCCUUGGAGUUCAUGGACGAAGUGUUCUGCAUCUUGUGAUGGAGGAAUUCGCUGGCGCAACAGAACCUGUACUCACCCUGCCCCAAAGCAUAGGGGAAAAAAUUGCACCACAAUUGGACCGAGUGAGGAGUCAGGAAUGUGCAAUACAAUGGACUGUGGUAAGUGCAAAGUAAGAUAAUGCAAACUUGGAACGGAGAAAAAGUAACGGUUGGAAUUUGUACGUUUUAAAGAAAAUGUUCAUGUGGGUUAAGAUCAGAGGUAGUAUUAGAAUCGUAAAGAAAGCUACAACCCUGGUCAAAACGUCUUGGGACACUUGAGGAAAUUAGGCACAAAGACGCACUUUGUAAAAUUAACUCAUAUUCUACCUCUUAAAACAGCUUGGGGAUGAUGUUAUAAGGGGCUAUUUCUGCUGUCCCCCUCUCCCCCAAGCAGUGUUGAUUGUGUUGAAUUAAAACUUGAAUGCAUAACGUCAACAUUGUGCCGAGGGGAAAGGGGGGAGGGAAGACGCCUCAAUUUGACGAGCUAUUGCGUUAGUUUCCCAAGAGUUUUGACCAGGGUUGUAGUUGAACUACUGUUGUCUUCCCUCUUCUCACUGUGACCCCAAAGUGCCUUUGAAUAAUCUUCGAAUUGUAUAAAAGUAUUUCUAGAUGGAGCGUACAACCUAAAAACGCAGCAGUUCUCAAAUACCCAAUAUGUAUUGCUCUCCGUUCCUCUUUUGACCUUUUUUCGAAUCGUUUAAAAGUAUUAAGAUGACGCGUAUUGCUACUAGAAAUACAAAGAUUCCCUGAUUCAAAAUCUGUAUUGCCCUGUGUUCUCUUUUCCAUGAAAAAACCUUGUUGGGAAACUUAAUAAAACGAGGCUUUUUUGUGCAUUUGAAAGGUCAUGACGGGAACUUUACAGAAUGGACAGAAUGGUCGAAUUGUAGCAAAGAUUGCGAUGGUGUGCAAAACAGGUAUCGUUUUUGCACACACCCACCUCCUGAGGGACUUGGUAAGAACUGCACAGGAGACGCAAAUGAAACCAGACCCUGUGGCGAACAAUGCAAAGGUAAUAAUAUAAUACAAAAUAAGUAGUCUUCUUCCUCUCUCUCCCCUUUUCAGAAUAUAUGAAAUUUAUUACUGAAAGAAAUUGAGCGGUGUAACGAGAAAUUUAUUGGGAUGACGGGAGCACCCUCACCCUUUUGCGAUAACGACGCCUUUGCUUAAAUUUAUUCCAAAGUAAGAUUCACACUUGGUGUCUCAGCAAACAGGAAAUGAAGCUUAAUAGUAGUAGAUUGUUUAAUUUGCACAAAAAGCGCGCGUGGUGUUUCGUUGAUAAGGAUUAAAAACGUGCACAUUACUGACCACUCUUUUUACUACUGCUAAAAAUAAUAGUAUAAAUAAUAAUAAUAAUAAUAAUAAUAGUGAUGAUGAUGAUAAUCAUGGUAUUAGUUUGUGCAUUAGAUCUGUUAGGUUCUGCCAAAAUACCAAGAAACGUUUUGGACAUUUAGUUUGGCUGUAUAUGAAAGAUGAAAAAGUUUAAAGCAUCCAAUAGUUGUAACAGUAACAACAACAACAGCAACAACAAUUAUAAAAAUGAUGAUAAUAAUAAUAAUAAUAAUAAUAAUAAUGAUAAUGAUGAUGAUGAUGAUAAUGACAAUGACAAUAAUAAUGAUUAUUCAGUGACCAAUCAGGUUAAUAACCAGAGUUUAAUACCAUUAACUGACGUGAUACAACUCAAGUUGACUCUAAAAAUGACUACGGCGGAGAUUGUCGAAGCGUCAGUCAUUGUCAACAAUAGUCCAAUUCAGGACUACUCCCACACGGAAGAUCAUACUCAGCCUACUUACAGCGAUGUAACACGGGACGAUUCGCAACGACGAUUUUUAGGGCAACACAGCGUUGCAAUGCUGGAACAAUGUUGUAACCAUUCGAAACAAUGUCGCAACAAUGUUGCAACGAUGUGUUGCGCUAAAAAUCGUAGUUGCGAAUCGUCUCGUGUGACAUCACCGUUAUGAAAUGAUAACAAUGAUAAGGAAAGUAGUAGAAGACAGUGAGUAAUACAAGUAGUUAAAAUAGAGAACUAAAAUCGUGUGUUCUUAUUUCUCAGGGAAGAUUCCUUGUGAGGAUGGUAUUGAUCUCGCUUUGUUAAUAGACAGUUCCAAAAGUAUUCAGAAAAAGAACUACAGAAAACUUUUGCGAGAAAUGUUGCCCACAUUUCUGCGAACAGAUGAAAUGGCCAACAACCAAACGCGAGUUGGAGUGGUUACGUUUGAUCGCGAUGCAGAAAUACUAGACAACUUCACAACUUAUGUAAGCCACGACAAAGAAGACCUCAUUGCUUUGAUUGAGAGUCAACCUAUAAGGCUUACAUUUAAGACGCGCAUCGACUUUGGACUGAAUAAAGUCUCCGACAUGUUGUUUUCUGACAAAGGUGGUGAUAGAACAGAAAAGCCAAACGUACUGGUUGUCUUUUUUGAUGGAAGACCAUUUCCCCCCCAAAAAGUCGAUCUCGAUAAGACAUUACCUCCUCUUCGAGUAAGUACACAGUGCAUUAUACUACUACAUGAAAAAUUUCUGUAAUUUGAUUGGCUUAGAGCAGUGGUAUUUCAGCUUAAUUUGAAAUACCUACAUGUGAAAAUUACAAACCCUUUGCGGGUAGUAGUAUAAACAAAUAAUAGCAUGAUUUGUACGUGAUAUUUUACGUGAUAUUUGGCAUAAAUACCACUUGUGAUAUUUCAAAAUUGUCUCAAAUUUCACUCCCCUAACGGCUCGUGAAAUUUCGUAUAACAAUUUUAAAAUAUCACUCGUGGUAUUUAUGCCAAAUAUCACUACAAAUCAUGAUAUUACCUAUACUAAUUUUCCUUGGGCUCUUAGUUAUUUCUUCUUCAGAUAGUUUGACAAAAAAAAAAAUUAGAAGGGGUACAACUAUAUUGAGAGAUAAGAUAGCAGACAUGCCGAUUUUAAAUCAAUACAUUUUGAUAGCUUUCGAGUAUCAAAGCUGUUAGAAAGGGUUAUACAGUACCGACAAACUUAACGUGUAGAAGCAAAGACAUCAUUGUAAUGAGUUUGUCGUCCCAUGUAAGGGAAUCCAAGACAGUCUUGGAUUCUGGAUUCCAAACAUUGGAUUCCGGAUUCCAAGUACUGGAUUCCAGUUUAUUCGUCUGGUGAACCUGGAUUUGGAUUCAAAUCUCUAAUGGGAUUCUGGACUCUUUAAGCCGUAUUCCGGAUUCCACAGAAAAAAGAAUUGCUGGAUUCUGGAUUCCACGAGCAAGAAUAUCCCCGAUUUCGGAAUCCAAAUUCCGUUUGAAGGAGCGAAAUUUUCAGUCAUUCUGACGAUCAAGUUUGGUUUUUGUCUCAUUGACUAAUCUCCGCUCCUGGUUGCCGUGAUAAUGAUGACCAACGAGUCAUGAUUUGUUGAACCUCUACUUCCAGUUGAUUUUUUCUCAUGGGUCUAACAGCCGUGAAGCGUAGCCACUUCUUAGGCGAGAAAGCCCCCCGAAUUCUGAAUCCUGCAGCCUGAAUCAUAAAUCAACGCCAUGCAUGGAGUAUCAUUCUCAGUGUUAUCUGCCAUGCGGGUCACUGACAUGACGUCAUCAACGCAGCGCUAUAUAGGCUUCGUUCACUAUCGCAUCAUGUAAGGGAAUCCAAGACAGUCUUGGAUUCUGGGUUCCAGUCCAUGGAUUCCGGAUUCUCUGUUAGUGGAACUUGGAUUCCGGAUUUCAAUCUUUGUCGAAUUCUGGAUUCCCUGAGCUGUAUUCCGGAUUCCACAAGAAAAAAAUUUUGGGGAUUCCGGAAAUGGGGCGACUUUUAGCUUAAUUCUUUGACAAAAUGCUAAUAACGUAGCAGCCUAGUUCUUAAACAGAGUGCUAAUAACGUACCUUCUUCUUUUUAUCCAUAGACCAAAAACAAAGCUCAGGUGGUAUUCGUUGGUUAUGGGAAACGAGUUAAUUUCUCGCUGCUUGAGAAUCUUGCUGGACCAGAAAAGGUGGUCAGGCUUAAUGAACUGCGAGACUAUACAAACAACGGAACAAUAAUGGACCUCGUGGAAAAAAUUUGUGGUAAUGAAGCAUUAUCUUUGAUAUUUGUAAAACAGACAUGACCCAGACUUCUUCUUUUCGCAAAGAAGGUUGUGGGCUGACCUACUAUAAUGAAUUCUGCACAAUGAAAAUUAUACAUACUUGUACUUUGGGUGGUUUCUUGGGAAAUAACAAGGCAGGUGGUUUUGUCCAGUCAUGCGCGACGUCAUCGAACUUGAUAUGACAUUACAUCAUAUCACAGUAUAUCACUUCACAUCACAUCCCAUCUCAUUACCUCACACCACAUCACAUCACAUUGCAUCACAGCGUAUCAAAUGACAUCACAUCACAACAUAUUGCAGCACAUCACAUCCUGUCCUCACCUCACAUUACAUCAAAUCACGUCAAAUCACAUAAAAUCAUAUCACAGCACAUCAUGACGCAUCAUAUCGCAUUUUAGAAUCAAAUGACGCUAACCUCCAAAAGCAUAUAGGUUUCUACUGCACUAAAGAACAUGGACAACACAUUUCAGGUCCCACCCCAAGAAACUUGCCUUAGAUUUCGUGUUUCUUGCUUUGUUUUUCGAAAUAGAAGGAAAGAAAAGAAAUUGUCAUUGAUCGUUUACGCCGUAGAACGCAUUCAGGAACUCGACAACAUUGUAGAUAGGACUUGAAGAAAAAAAUUGUGCUUCUUCUUAUUAUAAUGUUAAACAGAGAUUGAUGGCCUUUACACCCCCUGGAGUGAGUGGUCGGUCUGCAGUGAUACGUGUGGCAAUGGUGUUCAGAUACGAAGCAGAAGCUGCACUGCUCCACCCCCACAAGAAGGAGGAAAAGAUUGCGUUGGACCGCCUGAUGAGGUCAGGGAGUGCAACAUGGGAGCAUGCGCAAAUGACUUAAUUAGCAGUGAUGAGGUAACUACCACUCCAAUUUCUCCUUCAGCACGCUCAGCGACUCUAAAUAGCUCUGCUUUUGCGUGUUUUUUGACGGCCCAAUUUAGGGAAAAGAUUUAUUGUACGUGAGAAGGAAGUGGGGUGUACCUGGGAGUACCCUUUGCAAAUAGAUCCUAUGACGAAAUAAACGGUCUUGGUCACGUGUUAUGACUUUUAGAGCACAAUAUAAUAAAACAGUUCGUUGAAGGAGCCUCUAUUAUUUAGACAUCAAUUUAUGAAGUACAUUACGCACAACGCUAUAAAAGGGACCAGUAAUUGAAUUCACAACUUGGUGUCCUUAUUGUCAUUUCAUAUUGUUCCGCUAAACGGGUUUCAAACUUGAACGAUGGGAAAAUUUGAAAGCGGAGCUCACAUCAAAAUUGAGGUGAAUAGGCGUGUGCUUAUUAGUCAUCACAUGACUAACGUUGUCAAACUUAUCACAAACGGAAUGCACUUCGUUUCAUCAUCAACGAUUGUCGCGACUUCGAUUUCGUCGGGAAUACCCGUACAGAGUUUCCUACGAUAUCGUAGAAAAACAAGAUUAAAAAUACGCACUAGAGUUAUGGGCUUAGAGGGUCACCCGCCGUAUAAAAUGUUGCCAGAGGUUAAGAACACCGGAUACCGGUUUGGAAGAAAGUCAGCCGUGAAACCUAAAGUAAACACGAAGCGUUUUAUGAAUUCUUUUGUAAACCGUCUAACCUUUAAAUACGACUUAGCUCCUCAAUUUCUUUAAUUUUUUAUUGUUAUUCCAAGUACUGUAGCGUGCUUUUUGCAUUCAUAAUUUUGUAACAUAGGAUAUGUGUGUUGAUCUUAUGAAAUAAAGACUGAUUGUUAUUAUUAUUAAUUUAAACAUUACUAUUAUUAUUGUUAUUAUUAUUAUUAUUAUUAUUAUUAUUAUUAGAAACUACACAUGGCGUAUUUCUACUUCCUCUAACUUGAUUACUUCCUUGAAGUCAUUGCUUUGAAAUAAUUGCCUUUUUAGGGUAUAGCGGAAUAAAGCUCAGGAUAAAGCUACACCGAAAAACACUGAUGAUUCCAUGGGAAAACAUUGGGGAUUUUUAUAUCGUAAGGGUGCAAUGGUGAAUGGGACUUGAAGGGGUUUUAGGGAUUAUUGGAUGUCAUGGCUACUAUUUUCAUAUGACGAAACAACUCGAACGUUUUUUUUUUUUUUGUGAUCUGAUCAUCUUAAGGGUCUGUUAAAGCAGUGUAAAAGGUCUUCUGAUUUAGUUUGCAUGUUUAAACGCACUUGUAUUUUUUACUCAUAUGUGUCUUUUUCGCUGCCAUCUUCGUUAAGGUUGCUUGAUUUCACUCCUAACAGAAUGCUUUGUUUCAGUAUUAAUUAUGUUCGCAGCCGCUCGGGCCGGAGUCACGUAAUCCAUGGAGGAGAGCAUUCCGUGACUUCUGCCCGAGCGGCUGCGAAGGAGACUUGUACCGUUUACACAGAGGUAUCUACAUUAGGAUCGGGGCUAUAGAAAGCGUCUUCAGUUGGUAUGGUAGUUGA